AUGGAAGACGAAGGAAAAUACAUACGCGCUGUGGGCAGCUCGGAUAGUGAGGAUGAUGAUUCGCAACACUCACAUAAUCAAAGUCAGAAGUCGAACGAAAGUAUGCGUAGCGACGAGAGCGAUCAUGAAUAUGAUGAAAGCGCUGAAUCGACGUCAGAUACUGAGGGCUCGUCACCAAGCCCAAGUAAAAAUGAUCUCAUGGACUCAAGUAGUUCUCAGGUAAUAAAAGAAUUAACUCCGGAGGAAACGAAAUCCAGCACAGUUGAAAAAAUCGAGCGCUUAGAAAAGGUUAUAGCGGACUUAACGAAAAGAUUGAGCACAUACGAACAACUGAACAACCAAACGCGCCCCGAAACUAACGAAAAUUGGAGUCUUUCGGUCGAUUCAAUGGCAGACGGUAUUCAAGCUACAGUGAGAUGGGAUCACAUAAGAAAUUUCCCGAGUGGUGUCCCCGCCCACAAAAUGUGGGAAGAAUGGAAUCGCUUUAUCGAGAAUUUUGAGAUAGCAGCAUCGUUGGGAAACGCCGUCAACGCCGCACAACGAUCUAAGUUGUUGUUCCUUUGCUUGGGUCAAGAGCUGCAGGGUAUCGUGAGAGCUGCGAAACUGCGACCAAGCCUAACACAGCCCGACUGCUAUUCAACUUUCGUAGAUAAUGUUCGGAAAUACCUACAAUCCAUGACCGACACAGGGGCAGAACAUGAUGCUUUCGCUGGAAUGAAACAAGCACCGGGAGAAUCCGCACUAGUUUUCCAUGCUAGACUGCAAGAAAAAGUCAGGCUAUGUGGUUAUAGCCCUAGUGAUCAAGAGCGUUUCGUUAAAAAUCAACUGCUGAAAGGACUUCGAAAUGCUGACCUCAUUAAAAAUGCAAGACGAACCGGCAUUGCUUGCCCAGCGUUGGACAAAACUUGCAAUGGAUGCGGUCGGCGUGGACAUUUUAUUGCAACGUGUCGACGACGACGUGUGAACAACGUACGAGACGCGAACCAAAGUCAUCCUUCCGGUUGGACUGAUGAAGAGAGAGAGGACAAUAAGCAAAUAAAUGCAUUGUCCCUUAACGAUGUAUUGAUUGAUUGUAGUGUGGGUUUAUCAAGUCCAAUCACGUUCUUAAUUGACUCUGGGGCAGAUGUAAAUAUCAUCGGAGGUAACGACUGGAGGGUGUUGAAGCAUGAAUUUCACGCAGGGCACGCCAAGCUCCAGCCGGUUCAACCAUCUGCAAGCAAUGGCUUACACGCUUAUGGUUCAAAAAACCCGAUAACUAUUAACGCUGCGUUUAGAGCUGAAAUUAUUGUUCCUGGAACAUCUAAACCUUCCGUUGAAGCAUUAUUUUACGUCGCCAGUGAAGGGAAACUUGCGAGAGGCCUAAAAGCUAAAAAAGCUUUUCCCAAAGUGCCAGGAAUCAAAAUAAAGUUCAGCGUCGAUAAGAGUGUGACCCCAGUUAAAAAUGCUUAUUACAAUGUUCCGGCGGCCUUUAGGGAGGGAGCACGUAAUAGACUGCGAGAGAUGGAAACCCGUGGUAUUAUAGAGCGAGUGACGAAGGCACCGGAGUGGAUUAGCGGCAUGUCUGCAGUGGCCAAAGGAAAGGACGAUUUUCGAUUAGUAGUUAAUAUGCGGGGACCAAAUAAGGCGAUUAAUCGGGAAUACUAUCGCCUACCACUGCUUGACGAAAUGAAAGUGAAACUCCAUGGCGCGUGUUAUUUUUCGAAACUUGACUUAAGUGAUGCCUAUUAUCACCUUGAACUGUGUAACGAAUCUCGUGAUCUAACAACCUUCUUGACGGAAACGGGCAUGUUCCGUUUUACCAGGUUAAUGUUUGGCGUCAACUGUGCGCCAGAGAUAUUCCAACGCGAGAUGGUUAGAAUCUUGGAACGCGUAGAGAAUGUGGUUGUUUACAUCGAUAUUUUGGUAUACGCAGCAAGUUUAACACAACUCCGAGCAACAGUGGCGCAAGUAUUACGGAUAUUGAGAGCAAAUAAUCUGACUAUCAACACAAAAAAAUGUGAAUUCGACAAGACUCAUAUUAAAUUCCUUGGCCACGAACUGGACAAGGAUGGCUUUCACAUCGAAGAAGCUAAAGUAAGGAGUAUUCAGUGUUUUCGUGAGCCGGUAACUAUUUCAGAACUAAGAAGUUUUUUGGGGCUCGCAUCUUUUGUUAGCCCUCAUGUAAAAAACUUUGCCGAUAUAACUAGCCCUCUAUGGGCAGCAACAACUUCGUGGAGCUGGGGGCCGGAACAAAAGGAAGCCUUCCACUUAGUCAAAGAACGUAUUAUACAAAGCACCAUAUCGCAAGGCUUCUUUUCCGAAACUGACAAGACUAUACUAUUCACAGACGCCUCACCAGUAGCACUAGGUGCUGUACUUGUACAAGAGGACAAGGAGAAAACUCGCAGGAUCAUUUCAUUCGCCUCUAAAGCUCUUACAGUGAUCGAAAAAAAAUAUUCACAGAAUCAACGCGAGGCAUUGGCGGCCGUGUGGGCAGUGGAACAUUUUUCCUAUUUUCUGAUGGGUAGGCAUUUCACGCUUUGCACGGAUGCUCAAGGAGUAUCAUUUAUUCUGAACCGUUCAAGGGAAGAUUCAAAAAGAGCUCUCACCCGUGCCGAUGGUUGGGCUCUUCGGCUUAGCCCGUAUGAUUAUGACGUCCAGUAUAUUCGCGGACGAGACAAUAUCGCAGAUGCUUCAUCAAGGCUGUACGAUGGAAAUGAUUAUCCUUUUAAUGAAGAUAUCAGCCCUUGGGAGAUAGCUUUACUAGAAGCCAAUGCGGUUGGGUUUUUGACCACGGCGGAGAUAACGGAAGCUACUGCCAAGGAUGAGGUUCUGCGAUCAGUAAUACAAUCGUUGCAGACUGGAGAAUGGUCCUCGGAUCUACGGGUAUAUCAAAAACUUGAAGACAACUCGACUACUCGUGAUGGCAUCGUUAUAAAAACCGGUUGCAUAGUUAUUCCCGAGCAGCUGCGCAAGAAAGCUUUGGAGGUUGCACAUGAAGGUCAUCCAUCGGAGGCCAAAAUGAAAUCCAUUUUGCGGCAACGAGUCUGGUGGCCCGGCAUGGCCACGGAUACUGAAAAAUGGGUACAAGCUUGCAAAACCUGUGCUGUAAACGGCCGGCCAGAGAAAACCACUCCUAUGCAACGUACUUUCGCCCCGAAAGUCGUCUGGGAAACUAUCGCGUUAGACUUCAACGGUCCCUAUAUUCAGUUCGGUGGAAUAUCUAUCCUCGCUAUCGUAGACUACCGAUCUCGAUAUUUGAUUGCCAAACCAGUGAAAUCUACAAGCUUCCAUCAUACAAAGACCGUACUGGAAAUGAUUUUCGAAAGGGAAGGCUUUCCUGCAAAUAUUAAAACCGAUAACGGUCCUCCGUUUAAUGGAAUUGAAUACAAAACUUAUUGCUCUGAACGAGGGAUAAACGCCAUUUAUUCCACACCGCUAUUCCCUCAGCAGAACGGGCUCGUCGAGAACCAUAUGAAGGUUAUUAAUAAAGCGAUGUCUACAGCGUCUACAAAUAAGACUAACUUUGUUGAAGAACUUCGAGCAACGGUAGAAGCUCAUAACGCAGCCACCCAUCGAGUAACAAAAGUGGCACCGGAAGAAGUCCUUACAGGCCGCAAAAUUAAACGUGGUCUCCCACUACUACGCUAUGAGGGUAGCAACGUUAAUGAUGAACUAUUGGAACAGCGAGAUCGAGCUGCAAAACUAUCGUCGAAAAAGUAUGAGGAUGCGCGACGGGAUGCCCGGCCAUGCAGAAUUAAACCCGGCGAUGAAGUCAUCAUCGAGCGCUUAUCACGAGCAAAGGGGGAAACGAGGUUUGGUCCUACGCGUUUCACGGUUACCGAAGAAAAAAAUGGUAACCUUACGUUAACUAAUGACGCUGGUCAAGUAUUCAAACGCCACGUUUCGCAAACUAAAAGAAUUUAUCCGUGGCGAGACACCAGCAUAACUGCAUCACCAAAACAAGAUGAAACGAGUCCAGCAAUCCAGCAGCAACGCACAACUCGUGAAAGAAAAAUGCCUCAGCAUUUGAAAGAUUACGUUCAGACAGUCGAAUCGAAGCAGCUAAAAUUAUAA